UUGCAGAUACCCUCUAAUUGUUCUGUACUGACGUCAGUGAAUUGCUACUUGACCGCAUUGACCCGGCUCAAUGGGGCGCGUGCUGCUCAUUCUUUCAUUUAGUUAUUUUAACACACUGGUCGCGUGGAGCGUAAAAACAGGAGAAAACAUAGCGAGAGAACGACAACAAUGUAGCGAGCGAGCGCGCACCCUUUCUGCGCGCGGACGCUGAAAACUGUAACCACCUACUUCUACCGUUACCGUAGUUACCUACAUACCAGCCUGAACGGUAUGUGCACGAGCGAGCAGUGCAGGCAGGAAAGAGAGAAGUGAGAAAGGAAGGAGUACUGAAGGGGGGAAAGAAGCGAGAGAGGAAGAGUGAGGAAAGGGAGGUAAGAAGGAGGGAACGGAAUUAGUCAGUGAUAUAACGCUAGGGGAGGAGAGGCGGCCGGUUGUUCUGCCGAGGUGGACGUGGCGGGUCCGGCGGAGUCAGCUACAAGUGACGGGUAGUGGAGCCGAACUGAAGCGGACUGCCGACCAUGAACCGGGUCACCGGCAGGCAGGUCCUCAGGGCGUCUCACUGACCUCCACAACCAGUUGUUGGACUCCUAGCAGAGGCUCUCAGGGACACACCCCUCAACUCCCAGGCCUUCCUCUCAGGUCUGAUAGUUCUCUUCUGCAGCAGAGGGGGGUGUGGAUGGGGAGGCAGGGAGAAGGAAGAGAAGAAGUAGAAGAAGGUGGACUUCAUAACCUCAGCAAUACCAAUAAGGUGGUUGAACAGAGUGAGGUGAGGAGGAUUAGCUCCGCCCCUCACCAUGACAGACUUGGAGUCUGAGUGUUUGACCCUCGGCCUCCCUCCUGAAUGUGGCUCCCCUCCCCCGCCUCUGGACCCCUCCCUGCAGGUGGACUGUGGCACGGGGCCUGCUUCAUCAACCCCAACACCCACUCUAGCGCUCCUCACCUCCGACUGCCCGACACCUACACUUAGCUCGCUGGCGGCAGAGAUUGCCGAGCCACUGGUGAUGCUGCCCUGUGUGAAGAGUGAGCCAGAGGAUGGAGACCUGGAGCCCAUCCAGACUGUUGACCUGUCUGAGAUUCAGCCACUGUCCACUGCAGAGCUGGGCCAGGAUCAGAUCAAGAUGGAGAUCAGUGGCCUUGACUAUAUCAAGUCGGAGCAUCACGGUCACAAUGACGACCACCACUUGGGCCCAUUUCAUCAUGCCGAUGUUACGGAGCUAGACUACAAGUCGCACUAUGAGCCCAGCUCUGUGUUCGACUACAUCUCCCAGGUGACGGACACUCUGGAGUACAUUAAGUCAGAUCACCAUGUAGACCUGCAGUGUUACUACACCACAGAACUGAGCAUCCUGAAGUCUGAGUACCCAGAGUCCAACACCAUGUCCACCCACCUGCAGCAGAAUGGCCUUGAGUCUAUCCACAUGGCUGAGCUCCGCACUGAGCUCAACAAGCUCCGACCGGAUGCAUUGCUGAUGGACGGCAUGGGAAAAAUGGAACCUGAGUUUGGAGGGAGCACCCUGUAUGAGCUGCAGCCAGCUGAGGGUGGGAAGUCUGUGGAGGGGACAGGGGUGGUGACCGGGCAGGGAGGAGGAGGUGGUACUGUGGUCAUCACAACCAAAACCCAGAGCCCGACGGUGAGAAAACCUCGUAACAUGCAGGGGGUGAAGCCUUUCUCCUGCACACAGUGUGGGAAGAACUUCAGCACACUGGGGAACCUGAAAACCCACCAGCGCAUCCACACUGGGGAACGACCAUACACCUGCUCGCAGUGUGGCAAGAGCUUCGGCCAGGCAGGAAACCUUAAACGACACCAGCUGAUCCACACAGGCCAGAAGCCGUAUGUGUGUGCUCACUGCCCCAAAGGUUUCACUAAGGCUGAUGAUCUGCGAUCACACCAGCGACUACACACAGGUGAGCGUCCGUUCAUCUGUGUCACUUGCGGGAAGAGCUUUGGCCAGUCAAAGGAGCUGAAGGCUCACCAGCUGAGUCAUACUGGUGAGAGGCCGUACUGCUGCCAGCACUGUGGCAAGAGCUUCACCAAGGAGACCAGCUACCGUAACCAUGUUCAGAUCCACACGGGUGAGAAACCCUUCACCUGCUCGCAGUGCGGAAAGACUUUCAGCAACUCCGGUGUGUUAAAAACCCACGAGAAGAUCCACACGGGUGAGCGGCCAUUUGGCUGUACACAAUGCGGGAAGAGUUUCGGGCGCCUUGGGCACCUCAAGGCUCAUCAGCAGAUCCACACAGGGGAGCGGCCGUAUGCUUGCCCUCAAUGUGGGAAGACUUUCAGCCAGUCGGGUCACCUCAAAGCGCACGAGCAGAUCCAUAAACGAGAGCGAGUGGACACAGCCAGCAGCAGCAGCAGCAGCACCAUGGGCAGUGACAGUAGCUAAAAGAAACCAUACCCUUUAACCUCUCGGAACAACAAAGUAUUAUUCCUCUUUUUUUAUAAAUACUAUAUAUAAUUUUUUUUCCUUAUGAAUUUUUCUUACAUUUUCAUACCUUUUGAGCUCUUUUGCAUUAUAUGUGUGGGCAGGGUGGACUGACUGAUUUGCUCUUAUGCAAGUGUCUGUACGUGUGUGUGUGUGUGUGUGUGUGUGUGUGUGUGUCUGUGGGUGGGUGUGAUACUGAGGGGCUUGUAGAUAUUCGUUAAACUGGCCUGCCUGAACUGUAGUGAGUGUAAAAGUCUGUCUCUGGAGGACCAAUUACCAGUACUUAGUUUUUGGAGUACUUACUGAUACAGAAGCACAAAUACUUAAGUGACAGAGUUUGAGUACUUAAUUUUUUUUUUUUUUACUGAAACAGACCAGCAGCUCCAGACUGACUAGACCCUGUUUACUGGAAACUAUUAACCUUAGAAGUUAAAGAGUUUUUCCAAACUUAAAAAUUUGUUCACAAGUUUCCCAUAAUGUUACCCCAUGGAAAGUGCGCAUGCGUUUACAGCUUUGGCUGAAUACACUUUAAAGUAACGUGGUGUAUUUAACUGUCUGUAAGAUUUAGUAUGUAUUAAAGAUACAUAAAUUAUAAGAAAGUUGGAAAGGACAGCAUUUUGUACUUGAUUUGUUCAGUGUGAAAAUAAGGCCAAUAUUUAGUUAACAGUUGGCUUCCAAUUUUUGAUUUGUUAUGGAGUGGAAGCAUGAGGCAGAUGUACUCCUGCAACUACUGUCCACCAGAUCCAGCUAUGUUGCAACUGCAUUGUCUGGACCUACCAGACACACCAGCACUUCAUGUCGGGCUGUUUGACCUCAUGUUUCGGAUGCAAACUGUUUUUGGUUACCGUUUAACAGAGGUGGCUCAUACAAAUCAAGCUCAAUUGUGUGCAAGACAGCAACAAACAAAAGGGGAGCAAGGCCCCCCCCCCUUAUAGGAUGUUUACGGUUAGCUUGUCAAACGAGUGUAGUUAACGGUGUGGGAUGUGCGUUCAAAGGUCCGCCUUUUUGUUUUCUGUGUAAAGUCAUCUCAAUACACAUCAAUUCUCCAGAAAAUCUUUAUAAAAGUGUCUCAACACAUCCGGGCUCCUGGACCCUGACUGCUUCUUCAUUAUCUUCCAAUAUUACUGCCUGCCAUCCAUGUAGCAGAGAGCCAGCGGUAAGCCAAAAAUAGAGGCCUUCACUUAAGGAUAAAGCAUGAAUCCUGACAUUUGAAAAGCUGGAACCAUCAAAUGUAUAGCACUGUUGCUUAAAAAUAAAAAUAGCUUAACUAAAAAAGUUAAGCUAUUUUUAACUAAGAACUAAAGCUAUUUUUAGUUAAAAUACAGUAGUUGCCAAUUUUUUGUCAGUCAACUAAUUGAUUAACUGAUUUUUGCUGAUCUGUUAAAAUGUCUUCAAAUUACUAAAGAUAUUUAAGUUAGUGCUAUAACAGAAAGGGCUACUGUCACCUUUUCCUAUGUAAUGAUUGGGGAACUGAAUAUUUAUUGAUGCAUUUCAUUUGUUACCAAUUUUGCAGAUGUUUUUCAUGUUUGAGAGUUUUUAAAUUUAAUAAUCAGAACACCAUUGGUUAAAAACAAAAAAAUAGAGGCUGGUGACAGCAGCUGUGCCGUGAGAUCAGCUGUGCUGACAAUUGACAAUGACAAAGUAUCUAACAUCACCUGUGGAAAUCGUUGUCUUCAUUUUUGUAUCGAACCUAUAUAAAAACACCAUAAAUAAAGAACAGAGAAGUUAUGGAAACCUCAAAGAGAACAUUUAGAAAGUGCCGUUUUAGCCUGAAAAGAAUUCAUUAUGUAAAAGACAGUUACUUGGGCACUUCCACCUUAAUCCAUAAAAGUGAAGUUAUUCAAUUUAAUUUGAUUUAUAAAUACAUUUUACACCAAACGUCACGUUACUGAGAACACAGUUUAAGAUAAAGCUAGUAACUUAAAAAUUAAGAAAAGCAUUGUAAACUCCUUGAGAAAGUUCAAUGGUCAGUGUUUUUAGUAAACAGGGUCCUGGUUCAGAAUUGUUGACAGCAGUAAAAUUACUUUAACUCCAAGUACAUUUCUAUCCUUUGCCAAUAUUAUGAGUACUUAUUUUUGAGUACUUACUGCCAAUUUACUAGUAUUUUACUUACAGGUGUGGGUUCUCAGGCAUACACUGUUGCUGUAUUGUUAUAAAUCUGAUGAUUUUUUUUUAUUUUUUUUUAUUGACCAGUAUUGAUUAAACAGAAUACGCCGGUGUUUUUGUUUAUGAUAAUCUGCUGUUUCAGUGUUCUAUUCUUUUGUAGCAGAAUUAAAAAUCAUUUCUUUGUUGUCACAUCAAAAUUCAGUUUUCAGUAUCAUUGGGCUCCAAUAGGACCAAAUGCAUCAGCACAGAGGAACCCAACAAUCCCCCUUCCUGUCUAGAUCGCUCACUGUGUACAAAUCUUCUAGUGAUAAUGUCAUUCUUCAAAAAAAAAAAAUGUAAUGACAUCAUUUAAUAAAAGCA